UCUAAUUUAUUUGCAUAUAUAAUUGGUGUUUUAUGUCGUGAGUCAUCAACCUUUUACAAUUAAGUGAUAGAUGAGCUGUAGUGUUAGGUAUAGUGAUAGAUGAGCUGUAGUGAACUGUAUGCUUUCUGUUUGUAAUCCUAUAUAAACCUCAAAGUGUGAGAUGAAUAUACAUCAGACAAUUAAGUCUCAAUCUUGUUAUACUUGACUUGGUAUCAGAGCAGAGAUCCGAAAGGACUUUGUCUCCUUAAUUCUUUGUUCAAGACAGGAUCGAUCUUCGUCUCUUCCGAGACCGAUCUUCGCCUGCAAUCAUUCAUCACCCAUCUCAGAGCAAUUUGCUCUCACUUUCUAGACCAGACCGGCCUCGUCUCGUGUCCGGACCGCCUUCGUCUGCCUCUUACAUCAGAGAUCGAUCUCCGAUCUCUUCAGUUGAUCAUCUCGGUCCACGCUCGACUUCGUCUUCAGCAUCUUCAGCAACAAACCGGUUCGUACGCUCGACUUUGUCUUCAGCAGCCACGGUCGGCUUCAUCUGUCUCUGUUCAGAUCGCCUUCGUCUUCCUAAGUUCAGUCCCAAUAGUUGGCUUUGGGCACCAAAGAACUUCUCCAAAACAUUACUCCACUGCACCGUCCGGUCACCUGCUCCAGUUUUCCGGCGUUGCUUCAGUCUGCCCAGACGCAGUCGCUGCUCCACUUUCCGGCGUUGUGUCAGUCUCCAGUCGGCCCAGACGCAGUCGCUCAGUUCAUACCAGAACGUGCGCUGCUCCAGUUUACCGUGUCAAACCAACUUCGUCGCUGCCCAGUCCGCUCAUCCCUUCUGCCUCCGACAUCAGAUCGGUCUUCGUCCGCCGUCGUCUACCUCAGAGCGUCGAAUCCCUUCAGUCGACGUCCAUAAAUCCCUUCCUUGGUCCUUGCUCUUCGAUUCUGAAGAAGUGGGUGAUCGAUUUCCUGCUGCUGCACGCCUGGAUAUUGCACACCACCAUAUAACCUCUGUGUUCUGCUGCAACAGUUUGCUAAAAAAAAAAAAAAAUCCUGCAAAAGUUUGCACGCCUAUGUGAGACGUAGCAAAGGCUGAGAAAGAAAGAAUAAAAGCUGAAAAACUCAAGUUUGUUUUUCUCUCCAUUAUUUUAUCUCCACCAUCCUUUCAAUUCCCACUAAGCUACCUUUCUUUAAGACUUUAGCCGCAUUCCACACUUUCCAAUCUCCUUUUAUUGAACUUUCCACCCAUUAAAGAAAGCUUGUCUCCCCAUCUUGGUAUCUUUCCAAUUCAACUUCGGACCUGCAUGUGCCACCAUUAUUCCACCAUUGUUUUUACCCAUAUUCACCUUCUGCCGUCACUUUCCUUGUACCCACAAUCAAGUGAUUCACUGUUUAUCCUUUUCUCCAUCAAAUUAAUUUAGAUUCCACAGCUACACUCUACAUCACCUGUCCCAACUCCCAACACAUAUCAGUGUGCAUUCGCAGCAAAAAAAAAAAAAAAAAAAAAAAAAAAAAAAAAAAAAUGCAAAAUUCCAAUUUAAUACCUUUUUUCCAACAGCAGAGAUCAAUCUCACUUCAUCAGCAAGAACCUCCACCACGCUUUCUCAUUCGCCCUCAUCUGCAAUGUUCUUACUGCAAUUAUGUUGGGCAUGUUCGACAGACUUGUUGGAAGCUGAACCCGCACCUUAAACCUACAAGGCGAGAUUAUCGUUCUAAGGCGAAAAUAGCUACUGUACAAUUGGUCCAAGAACCAGAUUUUUAUGGAGUGGCUGGACAAGAUCAUCAUACAACAGUUAUCGCUGUCAGCAACUAACUUGCUUGAUCGUGACAUUAUGUCAAAGAGUGAUCCUAUGGUUGUGGUUUAUGUGAAGAAAGGAGAUGGUAAGCUAGAGGAACUAGGAAGAACUGAAGUAAUACUGAAUAGUUUGAAACCAGUGUGGAUUGAGAAAAUCACAGUCUCAUAUCAGUUCGAGAUUGUGCAGUCAUUGAUAUUUCAUGUCUAUGAUGUCGAUACAAAAUAUCACAACAUAAAUGUAAAGACACUGAAGUUGGAGGAUCAAGAAUUUCUUGGGGAAGGCAGUUGCGUUCUUUCAGAGAUAGUGACCAAACAAAGUCGAAGUUUAACCUUAAAUCUGCAUAACAGAAGUGGGCGUGGCUUAGGAACACUCACAGUCCAUGCUGAAGAAACUAUGGCUUCGAAGAGUGUUGUUGAGAUAAAAUUCCGUUGUUCCCAAUUAGAAAACAAAGACCUCUUCUCUAAAAGUGAUCCUUUCUUAAGAGUAUCUAGAAUUGUUGAGAGUGGAGGUUCUGUUCCAAUUUGCAAGACUGAAGUAGUGGAUAACAAUUUAAAUCCAAUUUGGAAACCACUAUCCCUCAGUAUGCAGCAGUUUGGAAGCAAGGAUAAUCCAUUAGUCAUCGAAUGCUUUGAUUUCAACAGCAAUGGCAAUCAUGUUCUUAUUGGGAAACUUCAAAAAUCAGUGGCAGACCUGGAGAGAUUAUACAAAGAAAGAAGUGGGGUGAAUUUCGUCAUUCCAUCUUCUCAUGGUCAUGAAAAGGUUUCAAAGGGUCAGUUGUUUGUGGAUCAAUUUAAUGAGAAGCAACAGUUCAGCUUUCUCGAUUAUAUAUCCAGUGGAUUUGAACUUAACUUCAUGGUUGCCGUUGACUUUACGGCUUCAAAUGGAAAUCCUCAACAACAUGAUUCGUUGCACUACAUUGAUCCGUAUGGCAGAUUAAAUUCUUACCAGCAGGCAGUAACAGAAGUUGGGGAAGUCAUUCAGUUUUAUGAUACUGACAAACGCUUUCCUGCUUGGGGCUUUGGAGGAAGGACAGCUGGAGGACCUGUAUCGCACUGUUUUAACUUGGAUGGAACUGCAACUGGCUUUGAGGUUGAAGGGGUUCAAGGCAUAAUGACUGCGUAUGCCGGUGCCCUACACAAUGUUUCUCUAUCAGGACCCACUUUGUUUGGCCCAGUGGUUAAUAGGGCUGCAGAGAUUGCUGGCAAUUCUCUAUUCCACAACAACAAUAAGUACUAUGUGCUACUGAUCAUUACGGAUGGGAUACUUACAGACCUGCAGGAAACAACAGAUGCUUUGGUGAGGGCAUCUGAUCUUCCCCUCUCAGUUCUUAUAGUUGGAGUGGGAAGUGCGGAAUUCAAACAAAUGGAGAUUCUCGAUGCUGACAAUGGACAGCGAUUAUCAAGUUCAACAGGCCGUGUGGCUACCAGAGACAUUGUACAAUUUGUUCCUAUGAGAGAAGUGCAGAGUGGGCGCAUUUCUGCUGUUCAAUCGCUUCUCGAAGAGCUGCCUGGACAGUUCUUGAGUUACAUGCGCUGCAGAGACGUCAUGCCUCUCACUGUCCAUGCAGCCCAAUCAUCUGCUCCACAACUUUAGAAUAGCACAAGCACAGCAUCGUGAAGUUCGUUGAAAGAUGUAGUCGAUAUUAAAUGCUUAUCUCAUAAAUCUAAAAUAUUCUUUGUCAAUAUUUGUUAGAAAGUAGAGCAAAAUUAGCUUGGUAUAGCUGUCAACAUUCAACACAUUCAUUCUGUAUCAUCACAAUUAAUUCUCUGUAAUUUGGCAUUUAGAAAAUUACUCAUAAGU